CCGGUGUGCGCAUAAUGAUGGCUCCAAGUACUUUAAGGGAACGGUCCGCCAUCUGCAGACGCACUGGAGCUCCUUGGUUGCUCUUGUGCAACGUGGUACGUCUUCACUUUCGCACGCGGCGCGCAUCGGCUGGGGAAAGAUAGAUUGGAGCUUGCUUGCUCCCAUUUAUCUUAAAUAUCUUUCCAUUCCCCCCUCAGCGGCACAGCAACCUUGGGUUUGUGAAUUCCCGCGCUGUUCUCGUCAUGAUGAAAUUUCUCACUCUUUUGGCUGCGAGCCUUCCGCUGAUUACCGCCAUUGACCCUCCACGAUUCCCACAUCAACCGAAAGGGAAUGGGACGAAACGCCUGACGUACAAUAUUACGACCGACUCACCUGGUCAGUUAACUCCUUCGACGCGCGCCCUUACCUGGAUAAGCACGGGCGCGGACGGGGAUUAUGUCUUCGUUGGCGAGGAUGGUUCCUUCAUCUUCGAGAACAUCGCAACCGGCUCGCAACGGACAUUCUUGUCUGCGGAUAAGGUACCCGCGGAUUACUGGGAGUACUGGAUCUCGCCAGACGCCAGCCGCGUGCUCUGGGCUGUGAAUUAUACGAAGCAGUACCGCCAUUCAUAUUUCGCAGAUUACUUGGUCCAAGACGUGGAGACGGGGAACCUGACAUCCCUGGUCCCUGGCUCUCAAGGCGACAUUCAAUAUGCAGAAUUCAGCCCGGUCUCGUCAUCGCAGAUUGCAUUCGUCCAAGGCAACAACUUGUACGUUUGGAACGAUGGACAGAUUAAGCAGAUCACGAAAAAUGGCGGGCCGGAUAUGUUCAACGCGGUGCCUGACUGGGUGUACGAGGAGGAAACUUUUGGAGACCGCUACACUCUCUGGUAUUCUCCUGAUGGAAAAUACAUCGCAUUCCUGAGCUUCAAUGAGACCGGGGUGGAGACCUUCCGUGUCCCAUAUUACAUGGAUGGCAAGAAGGUUGCGCCAGUAUACCCACGCGAACUGGAGCUUCGAUACCCCAAGGUCGGGACCAAGAAUCCUACUGUGCAGUUCAACCUGCUGGAUGUUGAGGCUGGUUCGUAUGCUACCCUACCAAUCGAGGCAUUCCCGGAAGACGACCUUGUUGUUGGCGAAGUGGCCUGGGUUACGAAAGAACACGGCAAGGUCCUUUACCGCGCAUUCAACCGUGUGCAAGAUCACGAAAAGGUGGUCAUCGUUGACGUUGCCUCCGGAUCCUCCUCUGUUACACGUGAGCGUGACGGCAGCGACGGAUGGAUCGAAGACAACGUUGUGGUUACUUACAUUGGUCCCCUCGGAAACUCGUCCUACAAUGGCAACACAGAGUACUACUUGGACCUAUCUGACGAAAGCGGGUGGAAUCAUCUAUACCUCUUCCCCGUCAAUGGUGGCGAGAAAAUUGCUUUGACGUCAGGAGAGUGGGAAGUUUUGUCCAUUAUUAAGAUCGACCGUAAGCGUGGCCUUGUCUACUACACUUCGACCGAGCAUCACAGUACGGAGAGCCAUCUGUACUCUGUUUCGUUCUCCGGCAAGAAGACACCACUGGUCGAUAACACUGUACCAGCUAUGUGGACCGCCUCCUUCUCGUCAGGCGGAUCGUACUAUGUCCUCCGUUACGCUGGUCCGGACGUUCCUUACCAGGAGCUGUACGCCGUAAACUCGACAAAGCCUAUUCGCACCAUUGUCGAUAACAAACGCCUUUACGAUACACUCCAGACUUAUAACCUGCCCAACAUAACCUAUCUCGAACUCGCACAUCCAGAUGGAUUCACCCUGGAUGCUAUGCUGCGCCUCCCACCGGACUUCGACCCCUCCAAGAAGUAUCCUAUGCUGCUCAUUCCCUAUGGGGGACCUAACGCUAAGGAAGUCACGAAGACCUUUAGCGCACUGAACUGGAAAGCCUACAUUGCGGCAGAACCCGAACUAGAGUACAUCACCUUGACCGUCGACAACAGAGGCACUGGGCGCAAAGGCCGCGCUUUCCGCUCAGCGGUUGCAUCCAACCUGGGAGAUCUUGAAGCGCAGGACCAGAUUUGGGCCGCGAAGGAGCUUGCCAAGAAUCCUUGGGUGGACAGCAAGCAUAUUGGAAUCUUCGGCUGGUCGUAUGGAGGCUAUCUCUCCUCCAAGGUCGUGGAGCGCGCUGACCCCAUCAUCUCGUUCGCUCUCAUCACUGCGCCCGUGUCUGACUGGCGCUUUUACGAUUCCAUCUACACGGAGCGGUACAUGAAAACCCCCGAUAUUAACCCCGAGGGAUACAACAAGUCCCGUGUGCACGAUACCACGGGUUUCAAGAACAUCGCCGGCGGUGUCGUGAUCCAGCACGGCACUGGCGACGACAAUGUGCACUUCCAGAACUCAGCUGCUCUCGUGGACUUGCUGAUGGGAGACCGCGUCACGCCAGAGAAGCUGCAAGCGCAGUGGUUCACUGACUCGGACCACAGCAUCGUGUAUAACAAUGGCGGGAAGUUUCUGUAUAGGCAGCUGAGUAAGAAGCUGUACGAGGAGAAGCAGAGGACUGAGGAUUCAAGAGGUGGACAUCAGUGGAGCAGGAGAGGCGCACAUGGUGGUAGCCUUGUGGCGAGGGAAGGGACAUGAUUGUCGCUUUGAUAACGAAUGAUUUGCUAAUAUCAUAGGUGGCCAUGCUGCGAUCUUCUGUUGUUCUAUUCUAGUAAGCAUGCACAGUCGCUGCCAAAUAAUAAAUGUUGGA